GUAUACCGACGCGAAGGAGAAUCUCAAAGAGAAAGAAAAACAGGGAGAGGAAGAGAGACCACGAACCACGCAUUAAAAGGUGAGUAAGAGAAAUCGCCCAACCGUACGAUCGACCGUAGGACGAUCUUGCCGGUCGGCACCACGACGAUCUUGGGCUGGGGAUUUUUGUUGCCACAACGGAUUUCACAUUCACUAUCUGUUGCCGGGUUCAGUCUUGCGUUGGUCAUCGCGAAUAGCGUCCGUCGUUAUGUAAAGUGUAAGUUCUACGCCACCACUUUUGAAGUACAGUUGGAGUAAGUCGCUCGACGAGACGAGAAGUGAUUCAACAUGAAGGCGAUCACGGGCGUAUGCGCGAUCGUUGUGCUGCUGCUGCUCGCAAGCAAAGCGGAAGGCGUAAACCUGGUGGCGUACAUUUCGCACCGUGGACUUCACGGCGAAAUCAGCUUCUCGCAGCACGACGAGCGACAAGUGUUAAUUGCUUCCGAGCUCGAGACGACGCUCCAGUACCCGGACCAGGCAUGGAGCUGGGCCGUUCAUCAGCUGCCCGUCGAUUACACCGUGAUCGAUCCGCGGGAUCGCUGCGACAUAGCACGGCUCGGUGAGCAACUGUGGUCGUUCGAUGAUGACCUUGGCUAUCUGAUGCUCCCGGGCAACGAGUCCACCAGCUGGCUGAACACCAUCGCACUGACCGGCGAGAAGGGACUGUGGGGCAAAUCGUUGGUGCUGCACGAUCCGAACGCUAACGUGCGGAUCUGCGCAACGAUUACGACGCGCGAUGGCUCCGAGGAUCAUCUGGCCGAGGCACGCUUUACCAGCCCGAUAACGGGCUCCAUCUACUUCCGGUGGCUGGCGGCCAAAGAGUCGAACCAUUCGGACACACUCAUCUACUCCAACCUGUUCCACAUCCGCGAGCAAUCGCGCAAGAUGGGCGAUCCCGAGUCAACCGAGCACGCCUGGAAGAUCUACGUGACGGACAUUUUCGAGAGCGAUGCCCAGAAUGCGGAAGAUAACUGCAACAAGCUGCAGCUAGUGUUCGAUCCGCAGAACCGGGGUGUCGAUAAGGCUAUCGGUGACAUUGAUAGUCGCGUUGGGCCACUUCGUAUAAGCACCAAUUCGCAGCGAAGAAAGUUUCCGCAGCUGUUUAACGACCGGCAGCUAGUGCUGCUGCCGAGCGAUCUGUACGGACCAUCGCGAAAACUGUACGUUGUGGUGUUCGAUCCCAGUCACCCCGAUACGUUUCUGGCGUGUGCUAAAAUCCGGCACCACAAACCGUUGACCGCGAGGGCACUGGUGGAUGGAGGGGGUAUGCGAGGAGAGAUAAGGUUCACGCAACGGUCACGCUUCGAACCGACUUGGAUCAGUGCCAACUUUGCGUCCACCACGAACGAUUUGUUCGGCAACGAAAACUACGCCAAAGAUGUCUCUAGCUUCAGAGUGAACCAACUACCGCUGCAGGCUUAUGCGGCCCCAAAUCCGGACUAUUGUCAUACAUCCGGUGACACUUUUAAUCCGGCUGGCGUUUCGCAGCAAUCGAUACCACCGGCCGGAUAUGGAACGCAGGAUCAGUAUCCGAUUGGUGAUCUCAGUGGAAAGCUGUUGAAUCGGAAUAAAAAGGAACCGCAUUCACCGUUCCUCCCUGGUCAGAGUGCGGAACUAUCGGGGCUCUAUUGGGAUACGUUUCUCCCGCUGCAAGGUCCACAUUCCAUCCUUUAUCGCACCUUCUCCGUGCAACGUUACAACCGGACACAACCGAUGAACAUAACCGAAAUGCCAUGGGCAUGCGGAACGAUUGCUUUGUAUGAAACGAACCGACCGUACCAGGUGCCGAUCCAUUCGGCACAAGUGCUCUUCCGGUACCCGAUCGUAGGUCGUAUCCUGUUCCGCCAGCCGAAGGAUGAACCGUGGGCUGAUACGGCUGUCAUAUUCGAGUACCUUAUUCAUGCCGAUGGUUCGACGAUCAACAACACGGCCAACCAUCGCUGGGCCAUUACUAGCGAGCCACCCGGGAAAGAUUUUUACGAUUGGCAAAACCGUUGCGUUAGUACCGGAUCCGUCUACAAUCCGUUCAAAGCGGCCGCUCUGAUGGGCAAACAGUGGGAUGAAGUUUGUACGGAACGAUCGCACGAGCUGUGUCGGUUGGGUGAUCUUUCGAACCGUUUGGGGCCACUCGAUAUCGCUGGUAAUAAAGGCGAAGCGUCGCAGAUCAGUCGUAAGAUGUUCGUCGAUCAGAACCUUCCGCUGAGUGGAAGUUCGAGCAUUAUUGGCCGAUCCGUCGUGAUCUUUGACGAUAAUGGACCGAAGGCUCGUGGUGAGCGGUUAGCUUGCUCGAUAAUUGGAGGCUAUCACCGGAGGAAAGUUGUCGCCAGAGAUUGGUACUCAAAUGGUGAUCCACUGACGAUCAAGGGUAAAAUGGAAAUGGUUCAGCAAUCGGAGUACGAUCUUACCAAUGUGGAGGUCGAUUUUAAAGGAUUAGACAAGAACAGCGGUUAUCAUGUGCACAUAGCUCCUGUCGAAGGUGAUCUGGAGUUCCCGUGCGAAGACUCCACCGUUUAUGGACACUGGAAUCCUCGUGAAGUUGAUCCAAAGAGAUCACCCCAGCCAGCGCUUGGUAGUACGGAUCAGUAUGAGAUCGGUGAUCUGAGUGGAAAGUUUGGCACGUUAGAUGGUGUCACGAUGUACGAGCAGGCGUACAAUGAUUCGCGGUUGCCACUGUUCGGGUACGAGAGUGUUAUCGGUCGAUCGAUUGUGGUGCAUAAAAAGGAAAAGCAACGGCGUUGGGCUUGCAGUACCCUGGAGCGAGGUUACAGUCCUAGUGAGGCGCGUGAAAUCCGUGCUAUCGCAUCGUUCCAUCAUCCAGCGGGGUACGCUUACGGGUAUAUACGCUUCACGCAGCUCAUCGGCAACGAUAAUAGCCAGAGUGAUACGACGAUCGAGGUGAAGCUGCGUUAUCCUGGAAAGCAUGACCGUAACGUGACCCACAACCAUAGCUGGAACAUAUGGGUUAACCCGGUCGGAGUAGAUGCUACGGUACCGCAGGUCGAGACAAGGUGUGUGGCCGCAGGAUACGUGUGGAACCCAUACUACACCCAGCUGGCCGAUCCCUUGAACCACGACCUGUAUCGAAGGGAAUGUGGUCCCGAUAAUCCUCUCCGGUGCUAUGUCGGUGAUGUGUCCGCUCGUCUCGGGCCGAUCUCGAUCGGAAGCCGCCGACAGGUGUUCACGGACAGUAACUUCCCGCUGGAAGGGACAGUGAGUGCAUUGGGUCGAUCGAUUGUCAUUUUUGGACCGGAUUUCUCCGGUCAUCGAUUCGCCUGUGCUAAUAUUGAACCGGAUCAUGAUAUCGUAAAGUACAUUAACCUCAAGAAACCACCGCGGUUCGUAGUGGCGCAGUUCCUGGAAGAUGUGCGACACGUCAUGGGGUUGCCAGAGUGGAUGCUGGCGAUCGACUCACGGAAUACUAAGGCGCUGCACAAUGAUGCUUGUAUUCAAAUACUCAUUCACUUCAAGGGUCCCAGUGCACAUAAAAUAGAGCAGGAUUUCUCCCGUCUGCUGGCCGUCGGUCGGCUUGAUUCGCCAAGUAUCUACAUUCCGGGAUAUGAUAACAGCAAGCGUAAGCGCACCCUGUCCUACAGGACUUGUGGUGUGCGCGAUCCGAACGAGAAGAACGUGAAGGUGCUGUUCGGCAGUGGAGCGGGGCGGAAGCAGAUCGGUAGCACGGAAGUAUUCAUUUCAUUGUUCUGUUUGUUAACGUUACCUACGUUUGAUAUUAUAUAGCGAUUUAUUCAUUAGGUAUACAAGAUAGGGGUUGAUCGUGAUUAGAAUAGGUUCCUAUAGGCACAGCACGUGUGUCUCAUACAAAGGAACAUCGCACCUCAGAAAAAAUAUUUAAAUAAAAAACAAGAAUUAGAAUCAUUCAGAAAAUGUAUUAAUUGUUCUUGGAUUAAUUGCGCCUCUAUUUUAUGAACUCGAGCAUUUUUCUCCUGGCUGGAACAUCUUUUAAAACAUGUUUCUUUGUGAAAAAUUAAAAUCCGGCUGCUACCCGUUGCGUUUAACCAGAAACCCCCCGGAAAUGGUACACACACACAGCCGCCCUUCAGACAUUC